CACACCGAAACGCCGCAUCCCCACUCGCCCGCUCAUCACCAGCACCGCCAGCGCUCUACCGCAGCAGCAGCACCUCUCUGGCGCGUGCCCUCGGCCUCGGCGCCCCUUCGCCCCCCGCAGCUGUGCGCUGCCGCACUCCGCGUCCGCGCCGCCCUCGCCCUCGCCCUAGCUGCGCUUGCCGCGCCCACCCGCUGCCCCGCAUGUCGUCGCCGCCGUCGCCGUCGCCGCUCUCGCGGCUCAUCCUCGACCUGCGCGGCCAGCGCUUCCACCUCGAGCGCGACACGCUCAUGACGCUGCCCGAGAGCGUGCUCCUCUGCCUCUUCCCCAAUGGCCUCGUGCUCAGCCGCCAGCAGGGCCGCUACGAGAGUGACGACGAGGGCGAGGGUGCCGAGGCCGAGGACGAGGAGGAUGUGUACCUGGUGGACUUCGACCCGACAUGCCUGCGCUACGUGCUGACGUUCUUCAAGUCGGCGCGCGAUGACUUCUACGGCGUCGACACGCCGUCGCGGCGCUCCGUGCUCGGCGCCUCGCACCCGUCGGCCGGCGGCGUCGACGACUCGUUCAGCAGCGCCAACGGCGCGCCGGGCAACCCGCUGCUGUCGAAGCAGGCCGUGAUUGUGCUGCGCGAGGAGCUCGAGUUCUUUGCCAUUCCGCCGCGCAAGGCGCGCGCCGGCGAGGCCAAGGGCGACGAGGAGAAGAGCGCGCUCGAGCUGCGCGCGCUCAAGGCGCGCUGCGGCGAGGCGCUCAUCAGCCGGCGCUCCAUCUUCACGGCGCUGCAGCGCAACGUGUCCAAAGAGAACAACAUGGCCGAACAACACCUGAUCGACAUGCUGUGCAUGUCGGGCUUCGAGCGCGACGACAGCUGGGGCUUCCGCGCCGUCGAGCCGAGCCGGUGCUGCAUCACGAGCAUCGCGCUCGUGCUGCUCAAGACGGGCAUCAGCGUCAAGGACGACGGCGGCGAGAUUGCCAUUGACCAGCAGCAGCUGGCGACGGCUCAGAAGCUGCUGCUCUUCUGGCGGAAGCCUGCGCGCAAGUGCUGGUGGGACGGUGUCGAUGUCGUGCUGCCCGUCACCUCGCCGGCAGCCGCAGCCAGCCCGCCGUCGCCGCCCGCCGCCCUGCUGUCCACGCUGCCCGCCGCCGAGGCCGAGCUGCUCAAGGACGGCAAGGGCGAGGUGGUGCGCGUGUGGGCGCGGCGCGUCUGGACCCUCGAGCUCAGUCUGAUCUAAUCCGCACCGUCCAGGCGUUUGCCGCUGUCCGGCCGCCUGCGCGCUCCACAUUCGCUCCUGCACCGCCCAUCAUCUUCGCUCCUUCCACGUUCUCUCUCCCACUCGCGUACUCGAGUGCCUGCCGUUCUGCUCCGCUGCGCCGCGCACAUCUCUCCACCCAGCACCCCCACAGCACACACGCCGGCGCAAUGUGCAUGCUCUAUACCCAC